AGCUAGGAUUGUUGCUACAGAGGCUGUGAUCAUAAAAGUGCGAGAAGGAGAAAGGGCCAGCCGAGCCUGCGGGACAAGGAUCAGAGAGCUUCCCCAGUUCACGAGGUUGAUUCCUCUGCUAGCAACAGCUCGCCAAUGUAACACUGUGAAGAUGGGCAAUACUUUCAGAGCCAUCAUUUCCUUUAUCCCUGCAGAUAUCUGCCAGAAAUACAUCUUAGGAGACCUUGAAGAGAUGCCAAUUGACAAAAUGGUGGAUCUGAGCAGCAGGCAAGUGAGACUGUUUCCUUUGUGUGUUUGCUCUUUCAGGGAACUGGUCAAGCUGUACCUGAGUGAUAACAAGCUGAAACAUCUGCCCUCAGAGCUGGAACAACUACAGAACCUCCAAAUCCUGGCACUGGAUUUUAACAACUUCCAUACACUGCCCCCAGUGGUGUGCACCUUGAAACAGCUCUCUAUUCUUUACCUGGGAAACAACAAACUGGGAGACCUACCUGCAGAGCUACAGCAGCUGCACAACCUCAAGUCGCUAUGGAUUGAGUCCAACUGCUUCUACCACCUCCCCAAUGUGGUGUGUGAACUGAGGCACCUCAAGACCUUGCACGUUGGCUCCAAUGCCCUGCACUCCCUACCUGGACAGCUACGGUACCUGAAGGAGCUGCGCACCCUCUGGAUCUCCAGUAACUUACUGACUGAGUUCCCACGUGUGUUGCUGCACAUGCCCUUCUUAGAAGUGAUUGAUGUGGAUUGUAAUGCCAUCCGUGACUUCCCCAAUCUCACACACCUUAGUGGUUUGAAGCUGGUGAUCUACGACCACAACCCUUGUAUAAAUGCACCCAAAGUGGCAAAAGGGGUGCAUAGGGUUGGGAGGUGGUCUGAGGAAAGCCCUGAGCCUAGGAAGCGAUCCGGUCUGCAGAGGAACAAAGGGGCUGAGGAUCUCAAUUCCCUUCUCCCUCCUCCUCCUCUCUCCUUCAAACACUCUUGAGGUACCAAGGACUGUAGAACUGGUAGCAUGCCACAGCCACACCAGGGGCUGGUUUUUCCUUUUACAUGCAAAAUGUUUGCAUAAACAUUGUACUUGUGGGAUUUCUUUUGAUUUCUAUAAUAUGUGUACAUGCAUAGUUUUGUGAAAAACGGCAGCACCUGUCUUAAUGUGAUAGCCAUUAAAGAGAUGGAGCAGUUACCAGA